GUGUUUCAAUAGACAGACAUCUACAUUUAGAUUUCGUUCGUAAAUAUGCUUGGAAACUGUAGCUGGUUGAUGGUCGUGAUGCUCAUAAAGUAUGCAAGAAAAAAAUUAAACAUUUCUAUCCUGAUGAAACUAGUGUCUAUAACGAUAACGAGGACCCACUGAACAGUUCGAUGACAAUGAUAUGAAUCAUAUGCUACAGCUUUCUGCCUGCUUUUGCUGAUUCUGCUUCUUUAAACAUUUUGGAUCAGCCGGCAAAUAGUUGUAUGUGUGUUUAAAGGUCGCUGUGGCUCAGCAGCUGGUGGAGCGUGGAGCCGACCCAGACCGAAUGAACGUUCUGUCCAAAACGGCCUUUGAACUGGCCAUGCAGCUGAAACAGAGAGACGUCAAGGCCUAUCUGGACUCCAUCACCACCGUCCGACCCCAGACAGACGAUGAGAGAAGAAGACCAGAUGUGUUCAGUGCUCUCAAACUGGGAAACUCGCAGCUCGUCAAAGAGAUCCUGGAGGAGGACCCAGCUCAGGUGAAUUCAUCCAAUCAGGAAGGAGCGUCACCUCUCAUGAUGGCGGCGGUGAGCGGGCAGUUAGAGGUGGUGCAGCUGAUGGUGGACAAGAAUGCCGACAUCGACAAGCAAGAUGGAGUCCAUGGGUGGACCGCUUUAAUGCAGGCCACGUAUCAUGGCAACAAAGACAUUGUUAAGUACCUGCUGAGUCAAGGGGCUGAUGUGAACCUCCGGGCUAAGAAUGGGUACACAGCCUUUGAUCUGGUGAUGCUGCUCAACGACCCAG